UUCUGCGCCAACCUGUACUGUAUGAGUAAUACAAUAAGACAGAUACAUUUUUUAUUGACGUUGAUGUCGCCGAAAUAUAACAACAAUAGUUUUCUCGAGUAGCCUAGACGUAGCUAGUAUUUCUUGUCGGUGCAUUGCACUCCAGUUGUUAUUCCAACGUACGGCACUUUAAAAGAAAACCGAAAGCGAUUUGGUAGCUCAUUACAAAGAUGCUGUAUACGGAAUGCUAAAAACGAUUGCUCCUGAAUCUGACCUUUUUUAAAUAAUAUUGUACUUCCGUUAAAAAAAAUUCUACGCCGUGUUUCCGAAUAAAACGUUAGUCUAAAAUGAAUUCGGGAAGAUCGACAUAUCUAUGAGAGCAAAGAACAGUUGUGAAACUGAUGAUGAUUUUCAGCGUUGGACUCCUGGUUGUGAGUUAUUUUACGGCUUCUGCUGUGUCUGGUUUUCCUCCUUCACACCUUACCCAAGCAGAGUUUGUGGGGCAAGAUGUGGUGCUGUCCUGUUCUCUGGUGGAGGAGGGCGGGGGUUUUGGAUCCAUGGGAGCCAGCAGUGGCCACUUCUCCCGCACGCCAGCAACGCUGGUUCUGAAGGACCUGCCUGUCUCUGCUGACACCUCCCCUGAAACCCUGACUCCCUACAUCCCCCCUGCCAACCCUGAUCCAGACAACAUCAUAGUCGAAGCCAAAGUGACAUCACCUGAAAUCCCAGAGGCGGAUUUGCUUCUCCACGCUGACUGCGAAGAGCAGGAGGUGGCCUGUGAAAUCAGCCGCUACUACCCCCGUGGACUUGAAGUGGACGCCGGAGUGGCGUAUUUCAUUGGCUCGGUGGUCCUGGAAGGGGGUGGUUUAAGUCUCACUCUGGUCCUGCGGACACUGCCACCUAUUGGUGAGGGGGAUGAGUCUGCCCCUGCUCCUCUCAUGCAAAGCAAGUUGGAACUUCCCCUCACGCCAUCUGGGACCCUUCUGUCUGAGGUGGCAUUCGUGGUGUUUUCCCGCUCGCAGUCCCUCACAACUCCCCUAGGGGGCGACACCCUCUUGGACUGUGGCUUCAAACAGCAGGAACCCUUCCCAACGCAUGCAAUGUGGCUUGAGUGGCGCUUGCAGCACAGAGGGAGUGGUUCAAAAGUGCUGGAGAUGAAGGCUGUGGAGCCGGAGGAACAGCCAAUAGUCCUUGUGGAGAGAAACGGGUCGAGCGUGGACCUGGCCCUUGCGGUGGAGGAAGGGAACGUGUCUCUGACCGUGAGGAAGGUGACGGUGCCUGAUGAAGGCACAUACAUCUGCACUGUGGGAGCUGGGUUCUACCAGGCCCAGCAGGUGAUGCAGCUUCAGGUCAUCCAGCCCCCUCAAGUGUCUCUCUCCGUGGACAAGCUGAUAUUUAAGGAUGGGUUGCCCAGGAGAGUGAGCUGUCAUUGUGAGCGUUACUAUCCGCUAGAUGUAGAGGUAGAGUGGCUGUAUCUCCCCCCAUCGAAGACGGAGCCCAUCUCCCUUACCCAGAAUGCAUCACUCACAAGCCACCGGCAGUUCAGUGACAAGACCCUCUCCCUGACCUCCCAUGUGACCCUUCACCCCGCUGCCCUACCCGCAGGGACCAUUAUCACCUGCCUGGUCUCACACCGAUCCUUGGACACACCAGUCACCCUAAGCCUGACGGUGUUAGCACCUGAGACAGAAGAACGGUCCUACUGGAUGAUCGUGGGAAUGUUGGCAGCUACCCUCCUGUCUUUCUAUUUCCUGCUGAAAUAAGUAUCUCACGAUCACUGAUGAACGCUGAAUCCAUAACAAAGGCAGAGAUGCACAGUGAACAGAAGAAAAGAUGUACGGUACUUUUAAUGUACUUUCCUUGGUCGGGUCUUCUUUCAUUCAAUGAACUGAAGGUUUUUAUAUUUAAAAAUAAAGGCGAAAAACCUUUAAUAAUUGUGCUCUGUUA